AUGACACUACUUGGGCGACUUAAAGAUAGCAGGAAACAAAUUCGAGCUGCUAUAACGAUAUGCUUCAUGCUCUACAUCAUCACCUUCCUGUUAUAUACCUACCGUUUACCAGCAUUCGCUCACACCCAAGAACCCAUUAAUCCAUCAUCGAAACAAAUAUCACCUACCAAGCCAGAGAAUGUCACAGUCAGUGGCUUAGUCUUCUACGGCCGACAGAGCCGAGUUGAGAUUAUGAAGUGCUAUGUUGAGCGCAAUAUGGUUAAUAACGGGGGAUGGUUAGACGAAGUGCUUUGGAUCGUCAACACAGACAAGGGCGACGACUUGCGAUACCUCGAGCAAAUCAUCGCUUCCAACCCGCGAUACAAAAAGAUUCACCCUGAAGAGAUAGUAGGGACAUAUACGUAUAAGUAUAUCUGGAAACUGCUGGACCGCGGAAAAUACUACGUUAAAAUUGAUGACGAUGUUGUCUGGAUUGACGACGACGCUAUCCCCAACCUAGUCACACGCAAGAUCCAAAAUCCAAACGAUUUGGUCGUUUCGGGCAACAUCAUCAAUAACCCCCCUUUAGGCUUCUUCCACAUGCGAAUGGGUGCCAUACAUCCAUACUUCCCCGAACGCUUCGAACCGCUGGGUAUCAACAUCACAAACGAGGGAGAUUAUUGGAAGCCAUCCCAACAUCCUUCCUGGGAGGGACCCAAAAAAUUCAAGUGGGAUCUCGACAAGGAACCCCCUUCGUGGGCAAACCACAGAUGGCUUAGAGUGCCCAACGAUGGUUCUUUAUACCAAACACCUGCUGCCGAGCUCCAGUAUGACAUCUGGGGAGAAAGUUACAAGAACUGGGCCAUUGCUUCUCAAAUGCACAUGUCCCUGUUUGAGAAUAUCGAGAAAAAUCAACUGGACCUGUACAAAUUCAAUAAGCCUUGGAUCAUGUUUGAUGAUCGUAUCCGCAUCAAUUUCAUGUGCAUCUAUAGCGAUGAUAUCCUUGAUACAAACCCCGAGAAAUGGCCAAACGACCAAGGCGAUGAGGAUAUGAUUGUGCUUCAGCUACCCAGGAAGCUUCGACGUCGUAAGUAA